AUGUACACACUGAAGGAAGUUGCGUCCUCCUCCCUGUCUCUAGCCGGGGAUAACUACAUCUACUCGAUUGUGCCUUCGUCUCGAACAGAGUUUGCAGCGAUCUCGUCCGAUGACUCGCUCCGCAUAUUCGAUGCGAGCAAACUCAGUCAUGCAUCCCUAGUGGCCAACAACGCGCACGAUGGAGUAACCUCAUUAGGGACGUAUGAUGCAAGCAAGCAGCUAGUGAUCACCGGAGGAAGAGACGGGAAGAUGAAACUUUGGGAUCUUCGUAACGGCAAGAAUACGGCGGUUGUCGCGGUGGAAACAUCCAAUCAGUCCCCCGUGCUAUCAAUAGCCAGUUGCUCUGAAACCAACAACAUUGUCGCCGGGACAGAACUCUUCUCCCAUCAGGCGAUUGUUUCAUUCUGGGACGUCAGAUCUCCCAACCAACCGCAUCUCCAGUACGUUGAGAGCCACAACGAUGAUGUAACUGAGCUUCAAUAUCAUCCAACCCGCCACAACAUUUUGCUCUCAGGGAGUACCGACGGUCUAGUUAACAUCUACGAUACAACAAUCACGGAUGAGGACGAAGCCCUCGUGCAGGUCAUCAACCACGGUUCCGUGCAUCAUGCUGGCUUUAUCAACGAGAAAACUAUCUACGCCCUGAGCCACGAUGAGGACUUCUCCAUCCACCCUGCCACAAACCCAGACAACCCGACACAGGAGCCUAAUCCCGUGCAGUUUGGUGAUCUGAGGCAACCGCUUAGCUGCGAGUAUAUCGCACAAGUCUGCGUCGGCAGCCAGGGGCCGUACAUUGCUGCAGGAAACAAGAUUGACAAACGACUGGAUCUGAUCCCUGUUGUCCCAACUCCCUCAUGGCACUUUGACGAGCAGAAUGUCUGGCGCCUCCCUGGCGGCCAUGGCGAAGAAGUCGUGCGCUCCGUCUACGUGGAUGAGCAGAAUCAAUCCGUAUUCACUUGCGGCGAGGACGGUUUCGUUCGUGCCUGGAAGCCUGAGGCAGACGUAGCGCAGGGUGGUUCGGAUACAUUGAUCGCAACACCACGGGCGAAGGAGAAGAAGCCUAAAGAGAAGGCUCGAUACAAGCCUUAUUAG